AAGCUCGUGUUUCAUAUUGUAACGUACGACUGCGAUGUCAUAGUUGCAUUUGUGUACACAUGUCAACAGACUCUGAUGAUCCACAUACGAAGUUCAUUUGCGUUUAUGGAAAUCGCCUAGUAGUUACCAUGGCUGGGGUAGCUGUCUGCGCAGAUCGUAUCGAUCUUCAUUCACAUAAGAGUCAAUUGCACUAUAUUGGUUAUAGCUCCGAGAUUGUGUAGGGAAUUCAUUUUGAUACACUUAUUAAUGCAACGAGAAGGAAAGAAAAUUGAUCGCUGAUAUAAUGUGACGUCACAGUAUACGCGACCUAAGAAAUCGCUAUCCCAUAAUGCCUAAGUGGAAGAGUUUGGUUUGUGAGCAAACGAACUCUGGUGGAAGUUUGGUUUAACAAGUUGAAGUACAUUGUCAAUGCAGUGGUUCAAGUGGCGAUGGAGAACAAGUUGUAUAAAGUAACCAAGUAACUGCAAGUAUAUAUGUUCAUCUUCAACUUCAGGAAUGAUUAUUUGAUAAUUACGCAAUUCAUUUAUACUUUUAAUUCAAUUUACUUCUUCUCUUUAAUAGGCCUAUUAUUGUUGAUAAUUGACAUACAAAUGUACAAUGUAACUCAAGUAGAUAAUUUUGUGAUGUGGCUAAAAUUGAGGGGAGGGGGUGUUGUGAUUAUUUUAUGGCCUAUUACUUCACUGGGUUUUUUAAAUCAUGAUUAUUUAAGCAAUUUGGAGAAAUUGGUAUUAUUAAGGUAUCUGAUGUACAAUUGAGCACGAGAGCUCGGUAUUUUCCGGAAUGACCUCGGUAAUAUUCGGAAACGAGCAUAAAUCUUUAAAAUCAACAUUAUGAACAAAUCUAACAUUUUGGAUAGUCAAAACUAUCAAAUAAAUGUUUGAUUUUGUGCUUUAAUAAAAUUUGUAAUCGUUUAAAUUAAAAUCUCUUUGUAUGACUUGUAUGACGCGACGUCGUUAAUAUAAACAGUUUUUAAAAAUGGCGGCCGCCGUGAAACGAAACAAGAAAGGUCGAUUUAAAAAAACCGGUACGGUACGGUCAGUAAAUGUUAAUGAACUUACUCUGGAUCAUAAUUAUGUGUCAGGACAUUAUUGUGAAGGGGAAUGUUGUGAGGUGUGUUUUCCCGGGAUGAAAACGUUGAUAAACAGUAGAAAAUUCAGUUCUACGGGGUGGAAGAACGGUCGACGAAUCGUUGAGUGGUCGUCAAUUAUAGACGCACUUUCCAGUUGUCAACAUUGUAAAUGCGGGCCUCUUUAUUUAACUAAACACACAGCUAAGGGCGAGAUGAAACUGGGACUAGGUGGAUAUCUCUAUAUCCAGUGUACACUCUGUCUCCGGCUGAACAGGAUAUCGUAUGGGAAGACCCACAGAAGUGAGAAACAAAACGACAAGGGGAUGCCAAGUUUUUGCAUAAAUACUAAAGUCGGCGCAGCAAUGAUAGACAGUGUUGGUGGACCCCAGCGGAUGAACAACCUGCUUACCACCCUUGACCUUCCCUUCAUAAACAACAGAAGUUUGAAAACAAUGGAAAGAAGAGCGGGCCAGUUCAUCGAGAAAUAUGCAGAAGAAAACAUGAAGAAAGAAAGUGCCAUGGCCUAUGAGAAAGAAAUGAUAGCUAUUUCACAGAAAGAAGAGGAUGUCAAGGAGGAGUUUAGCGACUUAGGGGUUGCUGUUAUUUCAGAUGAAUUUCAUGGAGAUGUGUCUAGACUGGCAGACCAAAGUACAUGCACCUCUUUUGAUUCUCCAGGUGAUGGAAACAGCUCUAAAGGAUCCAAACUUGAGCAGGCUACUUAUGAAGUGAUUCUGGAUCCCAAUAAAGAUGUCGCUUCUUAUGAUGCCCACAGAUCAAAGAAACUGCAUCCAGCAGUCAAGAAACUCUCUUUCCCUCCUAAGUCCCGUAAAGGCAUGACAGUUUGCAUCGACCAUGGAUGGCAAAAAAGGGGGUUUGACAGUUUAACAGGGCAUACAUUCAUGAUGAGCAAAGAAAAUAAGGUUUUGAAGGCAGUUGUAACACACCGCACUUGUGGAGUAUGCAAAUGGUGGAAGAGAAAUAGACCAGGAGUAAAAGUUCGGGAACAUCGUUGUGUGUGGAAUCACAGAGGAUCUGCCAGGGCCAUGGAGAGUGAAGCAGGCCUGAAAGCCAUCAAGGAUAUGAUCCAAGAAGGUUUUCAGUAAAAAUGGGCUUUCCCCUGGUCACUUCAACAUGAAGUUCUCCAACAAAGUGGAUGAAUACAGGGUGAAACGAAGGGAGAAGAUGAAAUUGCCAGGGACAAAACGCAGACGUCUUAUCCUAAAACAAGAAAGAGCAAUGCAAAUGAAUGCAUCCGAGGCAUCUGAGGGGUCCACCUAUCAAUCAGAGAUUGGUUUAGGUACAGAGGCUGACAUUGAACAGAUUCCGAAUCCCAUUCCCAAGCCAAAUUUUGGUGCUGUCCAAAAGCUGAAGAACAUGGAGGCAAAGUACAUUAUAUUUGAUCUUGAAACUACAGGCCUUAUCAGACAAGGAGCUAUGCCUCAUAUAACUCAAAUUGGCGCAGUGGAGAUAGACUCUGGAAAUGUGUUUUCAACUUAUGUUCAGCCAAAGAUUCCAAUAGAGCCCGGAGCAGAAGAAACAACAGGAAUAGUCUGUGAUGGGACCUCUGUAUUUGCACAUGGAUCCAAAGUUACUGCAGUCCCCAUACGUGAAGCGAUAUUGAACUUCCUCAAGUGGCUAGGUACAUUUGGCAAAUAUGGAAUUAUACUGGUUGCUCACAAUGGCCGUGUGUUCGAUUUCCGUGUCAUUUCCCAUGCCAUUGACUGUAUUGGAUUACAGGAAGACUUUCUAGAAAUAGUGUCUGGUUUUACUGACUCAUUGUCUUUGAUUCGUUCAAAACAUAAGAAACUUGAAAAGUAUUCACAGAUUUUUUUUAGCUAAGCACUUCUGUAAUGAGACUUAUUCUGCACAUGAUGCAGUGGAAGAUGUGAAAAUGCUCUCAAAAAUUCUAUCAGUUGCUGUUUCACAAAGUGAAUUGUCAAAAGCUGCAUAUGAUGCAGAAACCCCUUUUCUUCAAGAUAAGUUUAAUUCCGCAAAAACAUUAUAUCUGCCAUCAUUGAAUAUUCUGGUUGGUAAUGGUGUUAUGAAAAUGAACAUGGCAGAGAAUGUUGCAGGCUCCGGACUUGGCCUGCAUCAUCUGAAACUAAUACAUAAGCGUUCUGGUGAAGAUGGUCUGCGCAAUAUUUUUUGUGCCCAAACCUCUCGUGGUAAACCACGAGUUACGAGUGAUUGUAAGGUUUUGGAUUAUGUAGUACCUAAAUUAUGUCAGUUUUUUUCACAAUAGAAAUGUUGACAUAUAUUACUUAGAAGUUACUUUAUACAAACUUGUACAGUGCAAUGAUGUGUCUUAGACUCAGAGCACUUUUAUGUUAAGUUUGUGAGUAAAAUGUCCGGAGUUUACACAUCGAUAAAUUCUUCAAAAAGAAUGUUUGAUUCUUAUAAUUCCAGUUCAUUCACUUUAUUAACAAUUGCAAAAAUUUGAAUAGUUUCCCCGCACUAUGUUAUUUGUUUUCAGGUGUGUAUGAAUACAUUGCGUUUUCGGAUUUAUUGAUGUGUAAACUCUUGUUCAGCUUUAUUUUUGUCCAAUCAAAACAAUUGUAAUAAAUAACAUUGGAAUUAUUUUAAAGUAUGUUUUAUAUGAUUAGAUUCCUAAAUUGUGCCAUUUUUUAUCUGUUCAAAGUAUGCUGCUGACCAAGAAUUUUUAGGUCACCCUAGUCACUCUCAGAUGAACUAGUGUUGUUGGUCUUUGUUCGUCGCCAUGUGUUGUCGGCUAACAUUUUUACAUUUUUCAUUUCCUCUUGAAAACAUAGACUAGGCUAAUGUUACCAAUAGGGCUGUGGAGUGAAAAUGUAUUAUAUUUCAUAAUUUUAUUAUUAUAUUGAAUCAAAUUCAAUAAAAUCUUUAUUUUCAGACAAGUGUGUGGAUAAAAUAAUUGCGUGGCCUAUGUAUGGGGUAUGGUACUCAGGUGAUCGUUAAGGCCUGUGGGCCACUUGUUUAUUACAUGUGCAUGUAACCAAAUUGUCAUAAAUACUGCUAUUCAUUUUGUGCAUAUAUGUACAUGUGUAUCCUGAACCAGAAAAUCAUGAAAUUAAUCAUACAAUACAAUUGA